AUGUCAGGGAAAAUACAGAAAGUUAAUGUUACGCAGCUAAGGCCCUACUUUCGGCCACAAGAUCAUAGCCAUGAAUCUGAGGGCAGCCAAAACGAUGCAGAAGACAUUGGAAUGGUGGACCACCAGUAUGCCAAUAAAGGUCCACUGUGGUCCAAGAGGUUGUGUCCUCAGCAAGAACAAGUGCUGACCUAUGUGCUAGACAGAACACGUCCAGCAAAAGAAAUUGUUGUUCUGGAUGGCCCAGUUUGUCUUCGAAGGGAGGACUUUUGGAGCCUGGGGCUAGAUAAACAGGUGGAGAGCAAUAUUGGGAAUGCGUGCUUCAGGCUGGUAGAGGCUGCAGCCAGGAGACAUGGAAUGGAUGUCCACAUUGCUGACCUAUUUGAAGUCCCUAAAUGGAAACUAAGGGAACCUAGUUUGCCGUGGUGGUGUCUCCAGAUUCUGGAGAAAUUGUCGAUUGCAAGGCAUGGGCAGAACUUCGGGCAGCGCUUUGCUUUCUGGACAGAGGAGGCAGAACAGCUGAUGGCAGGCACCCUACCACCUAUUUAUAGGAUUUCUCGACCCCAAAUAGUCAAGGAGGAACAGGUGGAAGUGGAGGAGCUGCCCCUCACAUUGAAACAUAUGUACCAGGCAGAAUACAUUGUGAGGAACAGUCUUGGGCUUUUCACUGGCCAGGUUCAAGAACCAUCAUACAUGUUGAUGGAUCAUGAUGACCAAAUGAAUGCGUGGAGGGUGCUGAAGGAGUCAAUGGAGUGCUAUGCCAUGGAGCCUUUCACUUUUGUUUUUGAAAACAUCCAGGACAUGGAAACCUUCAUGGUUAUUUGUAAAGACACCCUCAACCUGAGAGUAAAUGCUGGAGUUAGGGUGCACAGUCACCCAUAUACAUUUUAUUAGUGUGAGUGUAUCAGGGUGACUUUGCAACCCACACUCUGCGUGUG